GUAAAAGAGCAGAAACUGAAACACUAACAUCGUCUCAUGCUAAGAAAAAAAUCAGCGUAUAUCCAUUUUCCUCUCAUGCUAACUGACUGUGUGAGCGAGUGUUUGGCAGAAUCGAGGUCUCUCAGCCAAUAAGACACGAGUAUUUCCACGUAUUUUCCGGUAAACGCUGUCUGAUUGCUUUUGUCUCCGUUCACUGAAGAUAAAAUACAACAAUGCUGUCGUCUUUUACUGACGUUCAGUUACGUAGCGACAAACCGCUCCAAGUGGAGAAAUAUUCAGGGCUGAAGAAAAAAUCUUCAGUCCUACAUCCCCGAAUGUCCAGGCCGGGUUACGGCCCUGCGCCGGUUCAUGAGGACGCAGAACCUAAUAUUCAUGUCUCAUUAGUGUUUAUUACUGGAACAUCAGCCACUUUAGGGAAGAAAAAUCUGAUCUUUGAGCAACAGAGAUGCAAAAAAAGUCAAAAUUACAACAUGGCCGCAGCAGAGUCAUGAGACAGCACUAGGGAGCAAGUUCAGCAGCUCUCCUUCAGUUUCAGACACACCCUGAGCUCUCUGCUGCCCGUGACCCCUGUGCAGGGCAGUGGGGUGACAGACUCCGCCCCCGCGCUCGCGCUCGCGCUGCUGAGUUUAACGGAGCGGUUCAGGCGCAGGAGCGAGCGGAGGCGCGCGCAGGGCAUGUGACCGGGUGUCAGGGCUGAAACUAAACCAAAAACACAAAAUUACAACCUGUGUGAAUGUUUCUGGUUUAGCUUCCGGUUUGUGCGCUUUGAUGUUGCCGCGCGCUUUGGGUGUCGGAGAUAUUUAAAGCGCGCGAGAGAGAGAGAGAGAGAGAGAGAGAGAGAGCGCGAGCGGUUCCGCUGCACCGGAUGCGGGUGUAAAGUUACUGACCUGCAGCCAAGAGGAUAAUAAAGUAAGAGUGUUGCCAUGGAUACGGUGCUUCACCUCAUCAAUGACACAGCAGAGUUUUACAAAUGGAGCCUUACCAUAGCAGACAAGCGGGUGGAGCAAUGGCCGAUGAUGUCAUCGCCCCUCCCCACACUGGGCUUUAGCAUGCUGUAUUUGCUCUUCCUGUGGGCGGGGCCUCGUUACAUGCAGCACCGAGACGCUUUCAAACUGCGCAAAACUCUCAUCAUCUACAACUUCAGCAUGGUGCUGCUCAACUUCUACAUCUGCAAAGAGCUGUUGUUGGGUUCCAGGGCAGCGGGAUACAGCUACCUCUGCCAGCCUGUCAACUAUUCCAAUGACGUCAACGAAGUUAGGAUAGCGUCGGCUCUGUGGUGGUACUACAUCUCUAAAGGUGUGGAGUUUUUAGACACGGUGUUCUUCAUCAUGAGGAAGAAGUUUAACCAGAUCAGCUUCCUGCACGUCUACCACCACUGCACCAUGUUCAUCCUCUGGUGGAUUGGCGUCAAAUGGGUCCCUGGAGGCCAGUCAUUUUUCGGUGCGACUAUAAACUCGGGGAUCCACGUGCUGAUGUACAGCUACUACGGUCUCGCCGCCGUCGGACCGCACAUGCACAAAUACCUUUGGUGGAAGAAAUACCUCACUAUCAUUCAGAUGAUCCAGUUCCACGUCACUAUCGGUCACGCGGCUCAUUCGCUGUACUCCAGCUGCCCGUUCCCAGCGUGGAUGCAGUGGGCGCUCAUCGCCUACGCCAUCACCUUCAUCAUCCUCUUUGCCAACUUCUACUACCAGACCUACCGCCUCCGGCCGCGUUCUAAAUCACCCAAGAGCGCCUCCAACGGUGUCACCGUCUCCGCCAUGACCAACGGCUCAGCGAUGAGUGUGGAGCACGCAGAGGAGAAUGGCAAGAAACACAAGAAGGAACGAACAAAGAGGGAGUGAAGGAAGGAGAGAGGAGCGCUGGGAACUUUGCAUCGGUGGGACUGUGGGGUUUUUAAAGGGAAGUAGUGUGUGUGGGCUGUUUGUUGAUGGGCUAGAUGGUGUCUACAAAACCGAUAACUAUGCUAAGUGUGUAACUGUUAGGGGAAAAAGAGAAAUGAUUCAUGCAGAUUGACGGCUGCCAUUUUACUGGAUACGAUUUUAUUUAUUUAUUAUUUAUUUAUUUUCAGGCGUGCGCUGAUCAUCUGUUAUAAUAUUUAUUACAAUAUUCACUCUGCAUGGAUCAUCGUAAUUUUCCGCAGACGAUCCAUAAAUCUACUGCUAAUCUGUCAUGUUUAAUUUACUAUUGUAAACAGUGGCAGAGUUUUCUGAAGUGUAAUUGCGAUAUGGAAACGAUAUAUCGGCACGUGCAUGUUUAUUAAAUUAAAUCUCAGGAAACACAUCGAGAUCAGACACAAAAAUAAACCAAAGGAAAUUAUAUCAGGUUCUGUGCUAAUGUUCAGACACAACCUUAGGCAUAAUGACAUAUUUAAAUAAUUUAGAGUAAUUAGAGACACUGGUUUCCUCUGACUUUUAUUCCAGUGUGUGUGUGUGUGUGUGUGUGUGUGUGUGUUUGUGAGGCUGCUUUAACACUAGCUGUUUUGUUCACUGUUGAGGAGAAGGAAUGUGUAAGAGUAAAAGUUUCAGUAAAGUACAGAUCUUCCAAAUCACUAAUUAAGUACCUUAAGAAAGUACAGCGAUCACCGAGCACUGUUUUUGUUCGCAUCAUGCACCACAGUGAGAAUCAGAAACUUCACAUAUUAAAUAAUUUGUGUAAAUACGACCUCUGAGGGCUGAGCGUGAUCGUACUGAAGUUCACUCCAAACACACUCUUGUAGCGCUGUGUAGAUUUAGGGAGUGUUCAGCUGGAGCACUUUCUCUGAGCUGUUAUCUGGUUAGUGUACAUUCUGCUUGCUGACCUCUUAUAAGAUGAUGUUUAUUAAUGUGUAAUUAGCAGCAGAAGUAAUUUUAUUAUAAAUAAAGUAAGCAUUUAGAGCUGUAGUGGUUGAGAACUCUUUACAGUCUAUUGACCAGUGUAGUGUGUGGACUGCUGAUCUUCUUCCAGCUCGUUAGAUUUAAAAUCAAACAAUGACGAGCACUGUUGCUUUUCGUAUCUUAUUAAUUAUGUGCAGAAUAUCACCUUUAAUCUGAGAUAAUAAAGUGCACAGUUUACUUUUUUACACCUAAUGUAGUUGAUCAGUAGGAUCACUGGAGCUAUAAGGCUAAUAUUUCUAACAAGUCAUAGAAUUGUAUAGCUCUAGAUUUCACUUUUGGCGAAACUAUUACUACGUAAGCACGGGUUUAUUAAUAAUUUCCCUAAAAUAUUUGUACUCUGUAGAAAAAAAAAAUUACCUUUUGGAUGUUUAUUGGUUAAACUGAGGACAAUUCAAGUGACUAAAGAUCAACAUCGUCAUCAUUAAACCUCCGUUAGUGUUUACGCUUUACUGAAUUUUAAGAGUUUAUAGCAUAGAAAGUUUUUUCGUUCAUGUCCUUUUACGAAUAAUUUCCCCCAACAACGGAUAAAACAGUGUUACAUAACAUAAAACCUGUUAACCAAAUAAACUGUACCUAUGGCUUUAUAAGUAUUUCCACAGAUUAUUUUUGCAAGCUUUGUGUGUGUGUGUGUGUGUGUGUGUGUGUGCGCGCGUUUCUGUGGAUUUAUAUAGGAAAUGUAGCUGAAAGCUUUUUUUUCUUUUUUUAACCAUUGUUUUGAUGGAACUGCUGAAAAUAGCAAAUGUCUGCUGAUGGAAAAAAAAAAAGAAUAAACAGGAUGCCAGUGA